AUGACGGACAGUCAAAUGGUAAUUGUGAACACGGAACGCGAUGUGGAACGCACCCGAAACAGUUCAGCGACAGAGGCUUCGAGCACGGCUAGUGACUCGCCUACGCCCACCAACAGUGUCCAGGAUAAGAAUUGGGUUCAUUGGCACGGACCAACAUGGGGUGAUGAACAGCGACAGUUAUUGGGUACUGAAGAGGAAGCAGAUUCAUCCGACUGUGAAACAGUUUCAUCUGCAAAUGGGAUUGGAAUUUGGAGUAUGAAUGAGGAACAGAGUAAAUAUUAUGAAGAACAAUUUGCAUCAUUGCAGCCUAAUCCAAAAUCUUUACUGACUGGAUCAAUAGCCCGAUCAUUUUUUGAAAAAUCUCGUUUGCCAUUACAUGAACUUAAAGAAAUAUGGCAAUUGUCUGAUGUAACCAAAGAUGGAGCACUUUCAUUAGCUGAAUUCAAACUGGCCAUGCAUUUAGUUGUUCUUAGACGCAACAAUAUUACUCUUCCUAAGAAACUACCGCCAUCAUUAGUGCCACCAGCUAUGUCACCAGUUCAGAUUAAUACUAAAAAUAAUACUAUUGUAUCACCAACUUGCAGUAUUAAAAGCAAAGAAUGGACAAAGUUUAUUGAUUCUCCAACUAGUUCAUUAUCAUCACCUGGACCAAAGCCAGUAAAUUUUGAUUUUCAAAAGUCUUCUGUUGAACAAGAUCCAAAGAUCUUACAUCCGGUUGCUGUUCGAGUUACACCUGGUAUUGAUAACUGUUUGGAAGACCAAGAAAAGGAAACACUGUCAAAUAAUGUUGAAGAAAUGGUUUUAAUUAAAUCAAUUCAGAGGCCUCAAGCUAAAAAGCUUAGCAGCCAUAUAGGACCUGGUGCUCUACCGCCACCACCUUUACCAACAUAUUAUGGUGAAGAUAUGAAUUCAGGACCUGCAAGUUUACCUGUGGUAAUAGCAAAAAAAGAACCUCCACCUCCACCACCACCACGGCCAUAUCGUGCUCACAUGCGUAGUUCCUCUCUCGAUCUCAAUAAACUUGGCAAAUUUGGGGCUGUUAAUUCAACUCAAGGACCUCCAGUUGUGCCUCCAAGAAUAACUCCUAGUCCAAAUUCAAAUGUUGAAAUUAAUGGGUUGAGACAAAAUUGUGAGAGAACUGAAUCUGGUCAAUUUGCUGAUUUUGCACAGUGUCCUGGUGCUUUUCAAGUUUACAAAAAACCACUUUCAGAAACUCAAAGUAAUGAAAACUCAUCUACAACUGGUUCAGAAAUACAUGGUAUGCAGCCAUUAGAGUCAUCUUCGUCUAGCAAAUUAGAAGAAAGGAAUGCUCAUUUACGUCUAGUCUAUCAAGAGUUACAAAAACAAUUGAAUGAUUUACGCGAAGAACGCGUUGGUUUACAAUUGCUCUUGGAUACCGUUCAUAAGUCAUCUCCACCCUCAUUUUAA